ACUGCUCGGCGAUGACCAAGCUGCUGAGUGACGUGGUCGAGACGCUGGACACGCCCACGUUGCUCGCUGACUUGGUGAGGACCAACGCGCUGGAGCACGCCACCCGCGACGUGCUGCCGCUGCAUUUCGAGUCCCUGUGGCAGCUGGUCGAGAUGCGCGUCGGCCUCGGCGCGCCCGCAACGCCCGCCGCCGCCGCGUCGUGGGAGAAGCUGCUCGAGGCAAUGCAAGCGAUCACGCUGAACGUCUAUGAGAACCUCGGCAUCGCUGCUAGCACGCCGACAGCAGCAACGUCACUAAGCAGCACUGACAGACACCUGAACAUGAGCAGGCAAGAAACACCAAGCGAGCAGUCAGAGGGGGUACAAAUAAGAUCAAAUGUAUGCAGUCCCAAAGCAGGUAGCCCUAAUGCAAGUGUCCAAAAAGCCAGUAGCCCAAAACCCAGUACCCCAAAGGCCAGCAAGCCAGAAGCAAGCAGCUCAAAACCGAGUAGCCCACCAAUCAGAAGGGACAGCUGUGCCAAAGGGACUGAACACAAAUCGGCUAACAAGGUUCGCAGAUGGAGCAUAUUUAACCGUAGUAUUGACAAACAGAAAGAUACUGGAGCCAAGCCAAGUGGCGGUGAACCCAAAGGCACUGGGUCUAAACCCAAGGGAAACAAGUGAAGGUUAGCUUGUUUGUGUGCGUGUAAGAUGACACGACGCACUCAACAUGUGCUGCAAAAUAUUUAUUCAAUUCAUGUCUCGGAUAUAACGAUUUAUAAAUUGAAUGCUCAAGAACUGUAGCCAGCGGAGUUUUGUAAAACAAAAAAUAAACUGUCUCAUAUUCGUUUUUGAAGUCUAAGAAACACGAAAGAAUCUGCAC